AUGGUACUCUUGGUAGAUACGCUUAGCAAGUUAUACUCCAAGCUGGAGAAUCACCACCACCACCGCCAACAAUCUGAGGCAGAUGUUUUAUCAGCUUCUCUACAGGCUUUUCGAUCUGAUGUUUCGAAUUGCCUGAAUCAGUUGUUGUUGAAUUCAAAACCCGGAUCAGAAAUCUUGUCUUUUUCGUGGAUUCAGCAAUGUUUUGAGCUCCUACCCCUCAUCAACAGGGCAUUUGCAAAGCUAGUUGUGGAUAUAGACUACCCUAUGAGCAGCUGGGAAGUUGCUUCUGUCGACGAGUAUCUCAACUACGGCUUGCAUUUGCUGGAGCUUCUCAAUUCUGUUAGUUCCUCUCUUUCUCACCUGGCGCACGCCAGGCUUUCGUUUGCUCACGCUCUGACCCUUGUGGAGAAUUCACCUUCUUUGGCAAUUAAACAUCUCAAAGCAAUUCAGCCUCAGAGUUCAAGCAAGGACUACAAAUGGCAGGAAAACAAGGAAGAUGGUGACGAGAAAUUCUCCUCCUGCAAGGAAAAGGUAGUCAAUCUAGCUUUGAUGGAAAUAAAGGCUAUCAGUUUUUGGGUAUCUGGCGUUGUUUUGGCUACCUUGUCUGGAGAGGCCAAACCAUACUUGGAGAUCAAACAAUUGAUUGCCAGGUUCAACAGCGCUUUGUUAAACGGUGUAGAUUCAAUCAUUUCAGAAGUUAUAGUGGAGAAAGGUGAGGUAUUGAGAGAGGUUAAGGACGUGAAUAAUGCUGCAGCUUCCCUAGCAUCAGCCAUGGCCUCUGGGGAAAGCAGUAGUGAUGCAGCCAGGGAAUUGGAGAGAAGGUUGGGGGUUUUCGAGAAGCAGCUGGAAGCUUUGGAAAAGGAGGUGGAUAACCUGUUCUCGAAAUUUUUGGCAGGCAGAAAUGAAUUGCUCCACGGUGUUUGCCAACGCAAGCAAUAG